AUGAAGAGGCGGAUAAUUUUUGUCGUCCUGUGGUGGUCACAACAGUCGUUUGAUGUUUCGGCUAUCGAAGACUUUUUUCGGAUCCAAAGUCGGCGCCCUCGCACCCUUUUGGCAGCUCAAACGAAUAUUGCUGCCUCAAUAGCUGGACUUCGGGGAGGCAACAACGAGAUUCCCAACGUAGAAUACGAUGAGAUUACGGCAAUCAAAAAAUCUCGCGAGCAGUCCGCCGAAACCAAGGCAACAUCAAUCAAUAUCCCAGAUGCCAUUGCCCGGGAUCCUGCUACAGAGUCCCCGCAACCGACAUCCAGUGACGAAGCUAGUGGAAAGGCAGCCGUCUCGAAGCAAACGACAUCAAACAAAUCAACAACAUUUGUUCCCAAGAGACACACGCUUCCCUCGUUACCCUCUUAUUGGAAACGACACGGAAAGAUUUGGAAGGAUCAAGUUGCGUCGAUGCAACUUAGCGCCAAGCCACUUCAGCUUUCCAUGCAACAAAGCUGGCAGGUUGCCGAACGCCACUCUACCCAGUUCGUAUCCACCAUGGCAGCUUCCAUUAUUGCAGUUUUUAUAAAAAAGCAGUGCGAUAUAUCGUUCGGCCGUCUCUACGCGCUUGCCCUACUCGGCUCAUCGGUGGGCUUCUAUCUCUUUCUCUAUUUUAUUUCGGUGGGGUACGCCUUGGGAGUCGCGUUGCCCGUAACGGUAGCCUUAUUUUGUUACAAACGCCACACAGUCGUGAAUCUUUCCACCACUUUGCACUCUCUCUUUGUCAGUUUCUGGGGCCUCCGUCUGCUCGUCUUUUUGCUGUGGCGUGAAUACAUCAAUUGGCCAGCACUACAUCGUAAGGUUGUGCAAGUCAACGAAUCUCAAUCCCCAUCAACGAUUGAAAAAGCUAUGGGAUGGCUUCUUUACUCGCUCCUGUACAUAUGCAUGCUUUCUCCUUGUUGGUUCCGACUGCAGGAGAAUCGAAUGAACGGGACUUGGUCCAACAUACUUCUCGCCGUACAACUCAGUGGGCUAGUAUUGGAAUCCGUGGCUGAUAUACAAAAGAGCUUCUUCAAGGUUUCGGCACCGUCAAACAGGUACGAAUGGUGUCACCAAGGUCUGUGGAAGUGGUCGACGCACCCCAACUACUUGGGAGAGUGGUUGUUUUGGUUAGGUACUUACCUAGGCGGAUGGUCGACCAAAACAAGUUUCGUACAGUGGCUCGUCAUGUCGACCGGCUUCGCCUUUCUCACCUGGGUUCUACGUGGAGCCACAAUGUCUUUGGAACAAAAGUAUGGCGACAAGUACGGAAAAAAUCCCGCAUACAUAGGAUUUACAGAAUCUCACACCUUUUGGGGUCCAGCGUUUUGGACAAGAUCUUUCCAGCCCACUGCUGCGGACACAGACCCUGUGGUUCAAGUGGUAUUGGAGGAAGAAAUGCCCGACAAUGAAGAAGAAACGAUACUCAAAAAAGAGCAACCAUAA